AUAAUCUGUUGUUUAAAAAAUGGAAACCACGGUGGCAUUGUUGUUUUAAAAAAAUUAUUGGAGUUAAUUAACUGGACACCUUGUAAUUAAUAAUUGUGCCAUGCGUACGUUGCCGAAAUGGGUGGACAAACUGCAAGACAGCGAAAAAAUAAGCCAGAGCAUCUACGACCUGUGUUUUAACCCGGAUGGUACUCAACUUAUUGCGGCAGGUGGUAACCGGGUUUUGGUUUACGACACGAAUGAUGGAAGACUUAUACAACCCCUGAAAGGCCAUAAGGACAAGGUACAUUGCGUUAGCUAUGCAAGAAACGGGGAAAAAUUCGCCAGUGGUAGUGCAGACAAGACAGUAAUCAUCUGGUCCAACAAACUUGAAGGUUUACUGAAGUACAGCCAUGGAGAUUCAGUGCAAUGCAUUGCUUUUAAUCCUUUGUCUCACCAGUUGGCUUCUUGUGCACUUUCUGAUUUUGCUUUUUGGAGUACGGAGCAAAAGGCAGUACAAAAACAUAAAAUAUCCGCAAGGAUUAAUGCUUGUUCUUGGACCAAUGAUGGGCAGUACAUUGCAUUGGCGCUUAAUAAUGGGAUUAUUUCGAUUAGGAAUAAAAUGGGUGAGGAGAAAAGUAAAAUUGAGAGGCCCAAUGGUAUUGCUAUAUGGGCCAUAUCGUGGAGUACUUCAAAAGAUCCAGAACAGGCAGACACAUUAUGUGUUGCAGACUGGAAUAAAACCCUCUCAUUCUACGGUCUAGGCGGAAAAAUAUCCGGUAAAGAACGUUACAUAGGCUACGAGGCUUUAAAAAUGCGAUAUUUCCACAAUGGAGACUACAUUCUCAUUGGAGGCCUCAAUAAGGCCUGUUCUAUGUACACAAGAGAUGGUAUAAAGUUGGGCAUGAUCGGUGAGCAGCAAAGCGCCUGGAUUUGGUGCUGCGAAGCUCACCCUAGCGGCAACUUUGUAGCUAUGGGGUGCGAGGACGGUACCAUAGCCUACUACCAGCUGGUUUUUAAUACGGUGCAUGGUUUGUACAAGGAGAGAUACGCGUUCAGAGAGAACAUGACUGAUGUUAUAAUACAACAUUUGAUUACCGAGCAAAAGGUUCGGAUUAAAUGUAGAGAUUUAAUUAAAAAGAUAGCGAUAUAUAAAAGCAGGUUGGCAGUUCAGUUGCCUGAAAGGGUGGUGAUAUACGAAUUGUACUCGAACGAUUCUAACGAUAUGCACUACAGAGCCAAAGAGAAAAUAACACAGAAGUUAGAUUGUAGUCUUUUGGUGGUUUGCAGUGAACAUUUGGUUAUUUGUCAGGAAAAAACUUUACAAAGUAUGUUUUUUAAUGGGGAAAAAGAGAAAACGUGGGACUUUGAGAGUCCUAUUCGUUAUAUCAAAAUUAUAGGGGGCCCGCCAGGGCAAGAAGGUUUAAUACUCGGCCUGAAAAGUGGACAAGUAUGGGAGGUAUACUUAAAUAAUAUUCAUCCUUUAUUAAAAGUUACGGUCAAUGAAGGGAUACGUUGUUUGGAUGUGAGCCAAAGAAAAGAAAAACUUGCAGUAGUAGAUGAAACCGGUUUAUGCCAGGUUUUUAACUCUAAAACGGGGAAUUUAUAUUUUCAAGAACCUGGCACAAAUAGUGUCGCCUUCAAUACUCUCUACGAAGACAUGUUGGCAUUUAGCGGAAAUAAUUCGCUAGCCAUUAAAAUCGUGGAUUUUCCUGCAUACCGGCAAAAAUUAAACGGUUUUGUCGUUGGAUUCUCCGGAUCAAAGGUAUUCUGUCUCAAUGGUGCCAACAUGAAUUCCUUGGAAUGCCCCUUAAGCGCCUCUAUGUAUCAGUAUAUGGAGAAAACAAUGUUUGAGGAAGCCUAUAAAGUUGCUUGUUUGGGAGUUACAGAUGGGGAUUGGGAGAAUUUAGCCCACUCUGCAUUGGAAUCCUUAGAACUAAAUGUUGCCAGAUUGGCUUUUAUAAAACUGCAGGAUUUUACUUAUUUAGAGUUGAUUCAAGAUUUGCAAGAGAUGCAGAACAAAGGGGAUUAUAAUCGGGAAGUUUUCAUAGGUGACGUCUACGCCCACAAAGGCAAACUCAAAGAAGCCGCGAAAAUGUACGUCAAGGGCGGCCAAGAACACAAAGCCCUCACGAUGUACACGGACGUGCGAAUGUUCGACGAGGCGCAGGAAUUCCUCGGCUCUAGCGACAACAGCGCCCUGAUACGACAAAAGGCGGACUGGGCGCGCAACAUCAACGAACACAAGGCGGCGGCGGAAAUGUAUCUUUCGGUGGGCGACGCCCAGGCUGCCAUCGAUAUUUACGGGGGAAAAGGAUGGAACGACCAGUUGGUAGAUUUAGGUCGAAGAUUGGAAAAAAGUGACAGAUCGUCUCUUUUACUCAUCGCGCAGCAUUUAAAACGUCUAGGGCAGCCAGACGCAGCUGCAGAAAUGUACCGGAAGUUGGGCGAUUCCGAAGCUGUCUUGCAGCUGCACGUCGAAGCUAUGGACUGGGCGCAGGCGUUCGCUUUGGUACAAAAUUUACCGCAAUACAAAGCCCUUGUCUACGUGCCCUACGCCCAUUGGCUGGCGGAAAGCGACCGGUUUGUCGAGGCGCAAAAGGCUUUUCAUUGGGCCGGCAAACCGGACGAGGCUUUUAAGGUUUUGAGCCGGUUGACUGAGAACGCAGUGGUCGAAAAUAGGUUUGAGGAUGCUGGGUAUUAUUAUUGGAUACUAUCGAGGCAGUGUUUGGAUUUGUUAAAUGAUGACGAGCAAAAUAAGCAGGAAUUGUUGAAGAAUUUUGUGGAGAAUGAGCGUUUAGCUGGGAUUUAUCAUGCGUAUCAUGCACUGUAUAGAUAUUUGGAGGAGCCGUUUACUUCUUUUAUGCCCGAAGCUUUGUUUAAUAUUGCCAGGUUUUUGCUGGCGGAAACACACCAGGAAAGACCAAGAGGUGUUUCUCAAUUUGCCAUUAUGUACAGCUUGGCCAAACAAGCGCGAAAACUUGGGGCCAACAAGUUAGCAAAGCAACUUUUUGACAAAAUCCAAACUUUGCAGAUACCGCAAAAAUUCCAAGAGCAAAUAGAAAUAGCGAGCAUAGCUUCGCGAGCAAGGACUUUCAGCGACCCUGAGGAACUGCUACCAAUGUGCUACAGAUGUUCCACGUAUAACCCCUUGAUAGCUGCUAGUAACGAAUGCACGAAUUGCGGUCAAAAAUUCGUUCAUUCUUAUGUAAGUUUUGAAAUUCUCCCCUUAGUAGAGUUUGUGCUCGAAGAAGGCAUAGGCGAUAUUGAAGCUGUGCAGCUGAUAGAAACCCCAGUGGGUGAUGCUAAUAAUUCUGAGAGUUGGAAACAAAAUAUUUACGACGAAAAUCAUCAAACCCUACAAAUUAGUGAUGAGGUGGAAGAUGGCGAUCCUUUCUCUAAAUCCAAAAACGCUUUCUUACAUGUUAUUGUUGAUAGAAAACACUUGCUUGCAAUGGAGAGUACUUCUGUAAUGAUUUGCAAGUAUAAAUCUCCGUUGAGGUUUAAAUUUUUUAAGAAUUUAUUGCCUGAUUUACCCAUAACAAUGUGCAAUUAUUGCUUUAAAGCUUUUCAUAUGGACGACUUUGAAUUACACACACUACAAAAAGGAUAUUGCCCUUUCUGUCGCACCCCACUGGACGGCAAUACUCACACAAACGAUCAACCAAUGUUUAUUAUACAAUAAUAUGUUGUUAUUUUUAAAUUAAAAUCGUUUUAAAUGAAACAUGAA